CCGUGUCGUGCGUCCCGAGACAUGGACUUCGACGUUCGAGAAAAUCGUGUCUAAAACCGAACACAAGCACAGUGCGAUACGAUUUCGAAAAUCGAAAACCGGAUAUGAAAAUACGGUGAAUCGAAUACACUAUUCGGAACGAUUCGCGACCGAGCUCUAGCGAAUCGCGGUCGCGAGUUUCCCGGCGCGGCCGCUCGCGCGAGAGAGGGCGGCAGUAUCGUUUCAAUCCUCGGUCCGUGCGGUCGCUUUUGCGGCGUAGUCUGUGAUUUUUUAGUGUAGCUCCAGAUAAUCCAAGUUAAUCUACAAUGGCGGAUCAGUUAACAGAAGAACAGAUCGCCGAAUUCAAGGAGGCGUUCUCACUGUUCGACAAAGACGGCGAUGGCACGAUCACAACCAAAGAAUUGGGCACCGUGAUGCGGUCGCUAGGACAAAACCCCACAGAAGCCGAGUUGCAAGACAUGAUCAACGAAGUUGAUGCAGACGGCAACGGCACGAUAGAUUUCCCAGAGUUCCUGACGAUGAUGGCGCGCAAGAUGAAAGACACGGACAGCGAGGAGGAGAUCCGCGAGGCUUUCCGCGUAUUCGACAAGGACGGCAACGGGUUCAUAUCGGCCGCGGAGCUGCGCCACGUCAUGACCAACCUCGGCGAGAAACUCACCGACGAGGAGGUCGACGAGAUGAUCCGCGAAGCAGACAUCGACGGCGACGGCCAGGUCAAUUACGAGGAAUUCGUCACCAUGAUGACGUCGAAGUGAGCCGCCGGCUAGUGUGUGUGUAAAAAGCAGAGAAUUUAAAUAUACAUUUUGUUUCAUGACACACAAUAUUACCAUCGUAUUGGACCUGCAUUUCUCUAGUGUUUUGCGAUAAAUUAAAUAUUGUCAUCGUUUCAGUUUAUAUGAUGUAUGUAAUUGUAUGGCGGGCGGCGGCGGGGGGCGCGCCUCCCCCCGCGGCCCCUCGUUUAGUCUUAAAAUAUUCCGUUAAUUUUACUAUGUAAGAAAAACUUUUAACUGUAGCGGUACAAAUGGAAACGAAUAGGUGUGCAAUCGCAAUGUGAUGGUUAUAAGUGUCGGAUUCGUGUCGGCUCAUAAUUUAUAUUUGUGUAUAUUACUGUACUGCGCGCCUGUGCUGUGUGUGUGCGCACGCGCUGCCAGCGUCCGCACCUUUCCGAUAUACAUUUUAAUGUAAAUUUUUUUCAAGUAUGAGAUAUUUAUAAAGUACGUGAAUGAUAAAAAUUUGAAAAAUCCCAAAAAAAUUAAGGUGUAGAGUGGUGAUUGUCCGUGGCGUGGUAGUGGACUCGAGCUGGUGGUCACCCCACACAGGCUCGACCCCCUACUUCGUGUACACCAGCGGUCACCACCGAUGUUUCAAUCUGACUCGGCAAGCGAAUAAAUUAGAUUUAUCGAUACUGUAAUGCAUCAAUUGUAUCUGUAAAUUACUUGGUAACUAUAUUUCUAUUGUUGGUGAAACUAAUACUAUCGUAAUGAAAGUAUUCCGCUCUGUUACUAUCUUAACACAUUUGAACUCAUUCUGUUAUUAAAUUUUACAAAAGACAUACUGAAAAUAAAUGUUUCUUCAUUUUUAGGUCAAUAAG